UUCGAGUUGGAAAGAUAUCCUCCAUGGAAUAAGGAUAGUUUAAGUGCUUGGGUAUUGUUGAUCGAAGAAACAUGUUACAAAUUUUCUUUUUAUUGAUGAUAACUGGAGCAAGUCUCCAACUAACAGAUGCCGGAAAACCUGAAGAAGAACCUCGCAAAUUGAAGUACAGAGGGCCAGUGGUGUAUUCUAACCUACCUCCACCUGUCCUCUACUUUCCUAACUUUCCACCGAAUCCAAAAAUUUCAAGUCGAGGAGAUGGUGAGGAAAAAACCAUAGAAUACGUUCCAUACCCUUACGAAAACCUUCCACUACUGGUGUAUCAAUCAAAUAACCAGCCACCAGUCCAUGUUGUUGAAAAAAAUCAGGAUUCAACACAGGGUGCACAGCCCCAAAAUAACAAUGCCCAAGUUCACCAGCAGUCUGGUCCUCCUGCUCCUGCAAUGCCCGAUUACUUGAAAAAUAACCAGCAACAAUAUCAAAAUAUGCAACCACAAACCCAGAAGGACUCUAAUUCUUAUAAUGCAGCUCCUCAGCUGUUUCCAGAUCUCGAAAAUCAACAGUAUUUAAGCAUUGGCAUUUCAACUUAUCAAACAGAAUUGCCGAAUGUUUUAUAUGGUGCACCUGAACCCCCAGCUCCUUCUAGUCCUCAACAGAAACAGAAUAUGGCAUCCUAUCAAGUACAAAAUAACAUGAAUCCUAAUGCUCAACAACAACCAUCCUAUACAGUUGCUCAAAAUAAUGCACAGACGGGACAUCAGCAACCAUUAAUGAUGUAUAAUGACAACCCACAACCUAAUCAAUACGUAACAAAUGUUGCCAUGCAACCUCAAAUGCAAAACGUAGCCUAUGGCCAAUCACAAUCAAAUAUCCAAAGAAUACCUGAUCAAAAAGCUCCUGCACAACAUCAGUAUGCUCAAAUACCACAACAACCUCCUGCAGUUGGAUAUUCCGUGCAACAAGAUUAUAGUCCGAAACAAAUGCCGUCUAGCAUUCAAGAACUGAUAAAACAGCAAGCGGGUGGUGACAAAUCCAGUACAUACCAAUACUCGGGUAAUGUAAUGCCCACCAAUUCGCAGGGCGAUUCGCAUUACAAUAUGCAGCAGCAGGGGACUGCGCAAGAUCAGCCUCAGCUUCAAAAACUCCAAGUGCAAGUUCAAGCAACUACUGAAAAUGAACCAGAUAAUGAUCCAGAUCAAAGAGUUCUGAGUAUUGCUCUUUAUCCUUAUGAUAUUCGAGGAAAUAACUAUAAAGAAGAAGCAAAGCAAUUUUAUAAAAUUGUCAUUCCACCAUUAGAUGGUGAAAAUGCCGAAGACGACUCAUAUGGUCCUCAGAUAUCAAAUCCAAUGGAAAUGCAAGGACAAAGUUUUCAAUACCUGAAAAUGGAAAGUAAUGGACCAAUGGCUCAGCCUGGACCAAAGCAAAUGAACUAUCCAUCAAAUCCUGCGGAAAUGCAGCAGCAGCAGCAAGGAAUGACAAUACAAAAACCUCAGGCAAUGAUAAUACAGCAGCCGACUCAAAUGCAAAGACAAUAUGCAAUGAAAAUGCAAAGGCAACAAGCAAUGGAUAUUCAAAAACAAAGAGAAGAGCAGAGGAAAAAACAAAGGGAAGAGCACAUGAAAAAACAAAGGGAAGAACAGAUGAAGAAACAAAAGGAAGAGGAGAUGCAAAAUCAAAAGGCAAUGCAUAUAUUACGCCAAAAAGUAAUGGAAAUGCAUAAACAGAAAAUGAUGGACAUGCAACAAGCGAUGGAAAAACAAAAACAACAGAAAUCACAAAACCAAGGUCAAAAUUUAAAAUUGUCCAAUGCAGGUUCGCAAACAAAAGCAAAUACGCAGAAGCAAAAUAUUAAGCAAGAGGCACCAGGAAAGUCUACAGAAGCUCAAGAUGAUGCAAUAGAAUAUCAACAAAUUUUAAUUCACAUUCCCCAUGCCUUAGCGGCACAACCUCAAAUUGUAGUGCAACAUGAUGAUAUCGAUGAAGCUGUAAAUCCAUAUGCAAGUACAGAUCAAGUAGCAACCUUUAAGAAUGAUACCGAUAGAUUCUUGCAUGCUGUCGCAACACAUAUUAAACAACAGCCAUCUUACUCCGGUGCAAAUAAACAACAUAUAAUCACACUGCAAGAAUCGGAAAGUUUCAGAGGUGCACUAAACCCACAUUUCAUUAAGCAAACCCAAUUUAUAAAACUCCCAAACGAAAAUCCAGCUGUAUCUGAACUUUACCGAGAUCAUUAUAGUUAUGUUAGACCUCGACCAAAACCUUCGUUUCGAAGCAGGCAUCCAGGAGCAUAUGCAAGUUCAAACUAUCAUUUUACAACUACAAACCCCAUGUUUUUAAAUUCUCCUUCAUUCCGAAAAAAUAAUCUUAGAUCUCCUUCCUAUUCCUUUACAGAACCACAAACUCUUCUCCAGAGUUCAUCUCAACAAUAUCAUAACGUAUUCAACCCAUACCCAGACGAGCUCAUCGCUGAAGCUAGUUUUCAAUCACCAAAUUAUAUUCCGUUAGUUAAACCUGGACAGAAUGCCAUGUCAGUUUUAAACGCACCUCAGUUUCAAACCAGCUUUGCUGGGCCAAUCAGAAUCAAUGCUGGGCCACCACCUCUUCCCUUUGGCGCCAUGCCCCAUCAAAUGAUUUAUGGCAAUAGAUACAUCCCUCCUCCAUCUAGCGUCCAUGCAGGUAGUGGUAAAUACGGAGGCUUCAUUAAAAAACUGACAACCUUAAGCAACAUGAUCUUGUCCCAGUCUUUAGGGAUGAAGUCCCAGAUAACUCCAAGAGAAGAGACAAAAGAACCAGAAGAAUAUAAUGUGGAUGAAGUUGAUGAUUUCACAUUGGAAGAUGACAAUAUCCAAGAAAAUCCGAAGGACAAUAGCAGAGGUUCUGAUGGCAUUAGUGUCUCCAAGGAGAAAUUGUCGAAGAGAGUUUCUAAACCAGUAGAAGAUAUUUCACGACCACCUAUUAUAGUGUACAAGGGAUCGAAGCCACCUGUGGAAAUUUAUGGAACUAAAGAUGAUAUAGAAAAAGGGAAAGGUCCAAUGAAGAAAGCGACUAUGAAGGAGACGAGUGCUAAAAUAGAUAGAAACGAAGAGGUAGAUUUCGUCAAGACGAUGUACACCAUCUUACCCAAAUUAGUUAAGCGUUCCAUAACCAACAGAAAUGAUGAAGAUGUAUUAGAUAGUGAGUUGGAGGGAGGGAAUCCAGCGAAAGAAGAUGCGAUAAUCGACGAAAUCGAAGCUUUUGUGGAUUCUGAGGAUGAAACUGAUAAAAAGGAAGUGACAUCUCAAAUUGAAGGUUCAGUUCAGUCAGUAAAUUCAAACAGCAAACCGACAUUUGCAGUUAAUGAAGAUAUCGAAAAUGUAAUGAAACUUUUGCAUAAAGAAGAAAAAUCUGACAUAUUUCCAUCAUAACCUGAUAAAUUUUAUAGCAGAUAUGUUUCAAAUUAUGUGUGUUAUAACAAAUCAGCGCUUGACGCGACUUUUCAAACGUUUGUUGUUCCUUGUAUGAACGCGAAAAAGCUAAGGCCACCGUUUUUAUAAUAUAUUAAUCGAUUCUUUAUUUUGAUAAGGUUAAAAAAAUAGAUGAAAUUUACAGAACUUUAAUGAAUUAAGCAGUUGAGAUUCUAGUUUCUAUAAACUUGUAUGAAUCACCACAAUGGCCAUUAAACUGAUAAUCUUGGAAAUUUAGAAGAUAUAAUUGAACAUGAAAAUUAGGUAAUUUUCCUUUAUCUUACAAGUGGCACAGACGCUUUUUCUGUAUUUUUUGUUCCAAUGGUCUGGUUACCAUUAAGGCAUUAUUCUAGCUUCUUUAAAUCACCUUACAGAUAGUUUUGUAUAUUCCCGCUCAAACUGUAUCAUAGCAUGUGUAAUGAGUGGAGUAAAUGAAUUGAAAAUGAGAAACAUUUGAAAAUUGAAUUUUUUAAAUGGACAUUUACAGACAAUACUCGAAAAUGAAACUUUAAUAUUUUGCUUAUGUAUAAAAGGAAUUUUUGAGUUACAAAAUAAGUAUAUAUUUAUGAUAAUAGCACACAUCUAAAGAAUGUAAUGGAAUAAUAGAUGUUUCAUAACAUAAUGGAAUUAAACAGAAUUUAAAGUAUUUUUGCAAAUAAUUUCUCUACAAUUUUUCAAUAUUUUUAAAUCGUUUUAAACAUUCAUCUUAAAUGAUAUGCUAAAGAUGCAAUUAAUAGGUAUAGCAGAUAUUUAAUUUAUUCGAAAAAAUAAGUAAAAUUACAACUAUUAAUCUGCUAAAAAAGAAAUGACAUAAAACAAAAAUUAGCUCAUCAGAAAAAAUACUAAUUUAGCAGUGUAAUAAGUUAGUUUGUAAUCGAAUAAUUAUAUUGUAAUAAUUACUUCGUAUUACUUGAAUUAAAUUCUAAACUUACAUGAAAUAUGAAUAUCAGUACAUCUUUGGUUUAAAAAACGAUGAUAAAAAGUUCAUUUUUAUGUGUUUUCUAUGUUCUGCCUUAUAUUUCAAAUUGAAGAUCCACUGUACUAAACUUACAAUUGUUUCAAGUACAUAUGCGCACAAUUACUCUCUGGUGUUUAGGUACAAAUUAGACAUUAUAAAUUUUACAAUCUGUUAUAUUUUGUUUGUUUGUAAAGUGAUAUUUGUGGUACAAUGAUUUUUUUUAAAAUAAAUUGUGCCGAUUUUUGUCUUGUAAAUACUUUUUGUAA